ACGUAGUUUUUCAUUAAUCUUCAAAAUGAGCGCUAAAGACGUGUGUGCCGUCGCGAGUGACUCGCAGGAGCCCGUUAUGAAUAUGAGUGAUGAUAUUAAAUUAUAUAAUAAGGCAAAUGCAAUUACAAGGAAUGAUGCCCAAUUAUGUCUUCAAGAAUAUUCUCCGAGAUUCAAUUGGUACAAAAAAAAGGCAAGGGUUCUUGACCUUGGAAGUGGCGACGGCAGUGUUACUACAAUACUAUCUACAUUCCUGCCCAGUGACUACGAAGUUCUCGUUGGAGCCGACAUUAACCCGAAAACUGUUAAAUUUGCAAACGAUAACUACGGGAAUAAAAAAAUCAAAUUUGUCGAACUGGACAUCGAGGGAACCUUACCAGAUGACAUGAAGGAGAGUUUCGACCACGUGUUCUCGUUCUACCUAUUUCACUGGGUUGAUGAUCACCAAAAAGCUUUCACGAAUAUAUACAAUGCAUUACAGAAGAAUGGAGAGUUCUUUGCAACAUUUCUAUUAUUCUCCGAUGUUUAUUUAACUAUUGAAAUGCUAGCAAAAUCAAAAAAGUGGGCACCAUGGAUGCCUAACUUCGACAAAUUCCCGUCGCCGUAUUAUGAUUUUCAGGAUCCAGAUGUGCAUGUAGCAAACAUGCUAAAAAAUAUUGGAUUCAACGUUCUAGACGUGAGAUGUAAACAAAGAAUAUACCAUUACGAGUCAAUUGAAGUUUAUAGAGAUAUUUUAACAGCGAUAAACUCCUUCGACAUACCAAAAGAUAUUUGGUCAGAAUUUUUAGAAGAGAGCGUUCAAAUAAAGAAAGAUAUGCACCUUGUGGAUGAGAAGGGGGUGAAGACUCGUUAUAACCUAAUGGUAAUACAUUGUACUAAGUAAACAAUUAUACGAGACUUCGUAAUAAAACACUUUUAUUGCUGA